ACUCCACUUAUCAGAGAACUCGCACGAUUUCUCGUUUUGUCGUGAUGUAAAUAACCCUAGCAUUAAUUGAGCCAUCAUUUUAGUUUAGUCUGAUCUCGUUAUUAAAUAUGGAAAGUAAUAGUAAUGGAAGUAGUAGAGUAGUCCGAGUGAAUAUGAUGGAAGGCGUUGGAGCUCGCGUUAUGAGAGGACCUGAUUGGAAGUGGGCGAAACAGGACGGUGGAGAAGGUCAUGUUGGAACAGUUAGAAAUUUUGAGUCUCCCGAAGAAGUUGUUGUUGUUUGGGAUAAUGGAACAGCUGCUAACUAUCGAUGCUCAGGAGCUUAUGAUCUUAGGAUAUACGACAGUGCUCCAACAGGUUUGUCUAAAUCUUGUACAGUUAACAGAUUUAAUAGACUACCACUACUAAAUUUUAGUUAAUUUAGUAAAACGAACAUUUACAUGUUAAAAAAUAAGGUCGUCGAGUUAUCUGUAUUGAACAAUCAUAAUCACGGUUAGAUAACUAUAUAGCGUAUACCCUGGAAAAGAGUUCAUUCCGUUUUAAAUUUCCAUAUCAUAUUUGAUUCUACUAUUUUAAAGAUAAAUCCACUAAAUGGCUCUCUUCUAUAGUUCUCAUCACUUACAAGUGUUAUUUAUAGUCUAUGAGCCAGCCAAUGUUUCUAAUUACAAAAGACGUACACAUAUCAAUGUAUUCAAUAAGAUACAGAAUCUAUUUAUAAAAUUUUAUACACCUAUACUCACGGUACACAUUUAAAAAGGUAUAAAAUUAUAAAUCUCUUUGGAUAUACGUGCUCAAGAGUAAUAUACUGCAUAUAAUGAUAGAUAUAAAACAAAUAAAUGUGAGGAAUACUUUCUUCUUCUAUAUUUCUUUUUCUCUUUUUUGUUCAUACAAUAGAAUGUAUUUAUAUUUUUUCUAUUUACACCCCAUCACCCACUGCCUCUCCUCUUCCCUCCAAUUUUUUUAAAUGUACACUAGUAACAUUUAAUCCAGAAAUAUUAUAAUAUCUAUAGAAAACGAUAUUACUCUAUAACAUUUUAAAGAACGUUCUCUUUUUUCGAUGUGAUCUAAUAGAUAUAUUUCUCUAUUAUUUAUAAUUUCCUUCAUUUUUAAUUAUAUAGAACGUUUUAAUAUUUAACUUUCGUGUAUUUCAUCUUUAACAAAUUAUUAAUUUAAUAAGAAAAAUUAAAUAGAACAGUAAAAAAUUGAGUAACGUUGAUAGAAAUAAAGGAAUAUUACAAAGCUUGUAGGGAGAAGGGAAGGGAAUAGAAUGUUG